GCGGGAAGUGGAGGAGCGGGAGGCGGGGACCCACCUGGAAGCGCCGCGGCGCCGCUGUGGCGCUUCCUGCGGCGGAGGGCGCUGGAGCCAGUGCGGCGGCCGACGGCGGCCACGCGGGCGGCGCCUCCCGGAGCGGCCCGCCCCACGCGAGAGAUAACAAGUUGUGCUAGUACAUCUGUAUAAAUAAUUCCUGAAGUCUCAGUGUGACAUGGACAGUAACAGUGAUGACAGAUAAAUACAGAUGCUUGGGAGUGAAGUCCUAGUCCAACACUUCAACAGAGAGUCGUUUAAGAGGUUCUAGUAUUCUCCGAGGCUGAAGCUGAGAGUCUGAAAGCCUGAAGCUGAAACUCAAUUGUAGAUCAUAGCUCCAUCUCCUUCAGAAUAUAAAGAAAAGAAAUAAUAUUUCCACAAUGAUAGAUCUUUGGUUGUACAGGUUUCCCAAUGAGUGGAUCAUGAUGACCGUAUGGUAGGGACUUGCCAUAGUAUGGCUGCUUCCCGAUCUACUCGUGUUACAAGAUCAACAGUGGGGUUAAACGGCUUGGAUGAAUCUUUUUGUGGUAGAACUUUAAGGAAUCGUAGCAUUGCUCACCCAGAAGAAAUCUCUUCUCAUUCUCAAGUACGAUCAAGAUCACCAAAGAAGAGAGCAGAGCCUGUGCCAACUCAGAAAGGAACCAAUAAUGGAAGAACCUCUGAUGUGAGACAGCAGAGCGCUCGAGACUCAUGGGUGAGCCCUAGGAAAAGAAGACUUUCUUCUUCGGAAAAGGAUGACCUGGAAAGGCAGGCCCUAGAGAGUUGUGAGAGGAGGCAGGCAGAGCCAGCACCACCAGUCUUUAAGAACAUUAAACGCUGUCUUAGAGCUGAAGCCACAAAUAGUUCAGAAGAAGAUUCGCCUGUAAAACCAGACAAGGAGCCAGGAGAACACAGGAGGAUAGUAGUGGACCAUGAUGCAGACUUUCAAGGGGCUAAACGAGCUUGUCGAUGUCUUAUAUUGGAUGAUUGUGAGAAAAGGGAAGUUAAAAAGGUGAAUGUCAGUGAGGAAGGGCCACUUAAUGCUGCAGUAGUAGAAGAAAUCACAGGCUAUUUGACUGUCAAUGGUGUUGAUGACAGUGACUCAGCUGUUAUAAACUGUGAUGACUGUCAGCCUGACGGGAACACUAAACAAAAUAACCCUGGUUCCUGUGUGCUGCAGGAAGAAUCAGUAGCUGGAGAUGGGGAUUCGGAAACCCAGACCUCAGUGUUCUGUGGUAGUAGGAAGGAGGACAGUUGUAUAGACCAUUUCGUGCCUUGCACAAAGUCUGAUGUGCAGGUCAAGUUGGAGGACCACAAACUAGUAACUGCCUGCCUACCUGUGGAACGACGAAAUCAGCUGACUGCCGAGUCAGCUUCAGGCCCUGUUUCUGAAAUUCAGUCAUCCUUAAGAGAUUCUGAGGAAGAAGUAGAUGUGGUGGGAGAUAGCAGUGCCUCCAAAGAGCAGUGUAAUGAGAACAGCAGUAACCCCCUGGACACGGGUUCUGAACGCAUGCCAGUCUCUGGAGAGCCAGAGCUGUCCUCUAUCCUAGACUGUGUUUCAGCUCAGAUGACAUCUUUAUCAGAACCUCAGGAACAUCGGUACACCCUGAGAACUUCACCUCGGAGGGCGGCCCUGGCCAGAAGUAGUCCUACUAAAACCACAUCUCCUUACAGAGAAAAUGGACAGUUGGAGGAGACUAAUCUCAGUCCCCAGGAAACAAACACGACCGUUAGUGAUCAUGUGAGUGAGUCUCCCACAGAUCCUGCCGAAGUUCCUCAAGAUGGAAAGGUUCUAUGUUGUGACUCUGAAAACUAUGGAAGUGAAGGACUAAGUAAGCCACCCUCAGAGGCCAGAGUGAAUAUUGGACAUUUGCCAUCUGCCAAAGAGAGUGCCAGUCAGCACACUGCCGAGGAGGAAGAUGAUGACCCUGAUGUUUAUUACUUUGAAUCAGAUCAUGUGGCACUGAAACACAACAAAGAUUAUCAGAGACUGCUACAGACCAUUGCUGUACUUGAGGCUCAGCGUUCCCAAGCAGUGCAAGACCUGGAAAGUUUAGGCAAACACCAGAGAGAAGCACUAAAAAAUCCUAUUGGAUUUGUGGAGAAACUUCAGAAGAAGGCUGACAUAGGGCUUCCAUACCCACAGAGAGUUGUUCAGUUACCUGAGAUCAUGUGGGACCAGUACACCAAUAGCCUUGGGAACUUUGAAAGAGAAUUUAAACACCGCAAAAGACAUACUAGGAGAGUUAAGUUAGUUUUUGAUAAAGGGUUGCCCGCUAGACCAAAAAGUCCUUUAGAUCCUAAGAAGGAUGGAGAAUCCCUUUCGUACUCCAUGUUGCCUUUGAGUGAUGGUCCAGAAGGCUCCCAUAACCGUCCUCAGAUGAUAAGAGGUCGCCUGUGUGACGACAGCAAGCCCGAGACCUUCAACCAGCUGUGGACUGUUGAAGAACAGAAAAAACUCGAACAGCUACUCCUGAAAUACCCUCCCGAAGAAGUAGAAUCUCGGCGGUGGCAGAAGAUUGCUGAUGAACUGGGCAACCGGACAGCCAAACAGGUCGCCAGUCGUGUACAGAAGUACUUCAUAAAGCUAACGAAAGCCGGCAUACCAGUUCCAGGCAGAACACCUAACUUAUAUAUAUACUCCAGAAAGUCCUCAACAAGCAGGCGACAGCACCCCCUUAAUAAGCACCUCUUUAAACCUUCCACUUUCAUGACUUCACAUGAGCCACCGGUGUACAUGGAUGAAGAUGAUGACCGGUCCUGUCUCCAUAGCCACAUGAGCACUGCUGCUGAGGAGGCCUCAGAUGAAGAAAGCAUUCCUAUCAUAUAUAGGAGUUUACCUGAAUAUAAAGAACUAUUACAGUUUAAAAAGUUAAAAAAGCAGAAACUUCAACAAAUGCAAGCAGAAAGUGGGUUUGUGCAGCACGUAGGCUUUAAGUGUGAUAACUGUGGUGUGGAACCUAUCCAAGGAGUCCGGUGGCACUGCCAGGACUGCCCUCCAGAAAUGUCUUUGGAUUUCUGUGACUCUUGUUCAGACUGCCCACAUGAAACAGAUAUUCACAAGGAAGACCACCAGUUAGAACCUGUUUAUAAGUCAGAGACGUUCUUAGACAGAGAUUACUGUGUGUCCCAGGGCACCAGUUAUAGUUAUCUGGACCCCAACUACUUCCCAGCCAACAGAUGACAUGGGAGAGUGUCGUCCGCACUAGUCCUCGUCAACACGCAGCAGUGGCAUCAUGGUUAAUGGUGUGCACGGUUUGGACACUCACAGCAUGAGAGCUCCCCGAGUGUUCUCGUCCAGUACAGCUCUGCACUGUGUGGCUGUAGAUCAGCAGCUGAACAUUCCUGGUGAGCCGAGAGGUUCCCUGGUGAGAUUUUCACCACUAACCUAAAGCCUUGUAGGUGGUGGUGUUAAAUGGGUGAGGUGGAAACAAGAGCACGUAUUAAUGCCAGAGUCAAUUCCAAAGGUUUAAAAGACCUCGGUCAUAAAUAUGAUAAUGAAAGACAAAGUAUUUAUAUUAAAUCAGUUUAGUAGCUUUCAGUUUUGUGAAGAUAGUUUUCAGCGCAGAAACAGACUUAUAGAUGAAGUUUUAACCAGUGAUGGUGUUUGCUUCUAGGAUGUGUACUCUAAAAGAACUCACUGUCUGGUGGUCACUGAUGGCCUGUAGUAGACUGGAGCUGCUUAACGGUUUGAUACCUAACUUCUAAUCACGAUGACCUGUCCUUACCAAGAGCAAAGCAAGACAUAGCUGUGGCUUUGCUUCUGUAACCAGCUCAUGGGGUGUGAAUGUCAUGAAGUUGUCUCGCUGAUAUAUUUUUAAUGUCAUGUUAUAUGAGAUGAUCAUGUGAUGUGUACAGACUAUGUUGAGAAGUGCCAGUGGUAGUAACUGUAAAGUCUGACUCACACCAUUAAUCCCUCUAAAGUACACAGCCUUCUGCCUCUGUGUGGAGUUGUCAGUACAGCUCGUCAAAGAAAACUGCCUAAUAUAAAAAUCAUAUAUAUGGUGAUAAUUUUCCCUCUUUUGUAGUCUGCACAAGAUCCAUAAAAGAUUGUAUUUUUAUUACUAUUUAACGAGUGAUUAAAUGUAGUCUGCACAGUGAGCAAGAGUUCACAAUUCUUUUUAUACUGCUGGAUUUUGUUGUGCAUCAUUUAAAACAUUUUGUAUGUUUCUUAUCUGUGUAUACAGUAUGUUCUUGAAUAAUGUUCAUUUGUCGGGAGAACUGUGAGAAAUAAACGAUGUGGAUAUGUUUGUUUAUAUCAUAGAAAGCUUGUUGUGGAUUCCUUUGGGUCAAAUUUUGAUUUUUUUUCAACAAGUGAUAAAAGUAGAAUUUAUUAUUUAAAAGUCUGUUUUUCAUCUGUAUUUGCUUUCUGUUCUUUAUAAAGGGUGAAGAUGUAUUGUGUUAGUGUUCUCAUGUAGCGUGCUGAAACACUGCACAGUAAGGGUGCUGACUAAUGUCCAGAUGUGGAACCUAAAUAGAAGUCAAAAUAUUAUUCUAGUACUUUUUCUUAAUAAAAUUAAGUACCUAUGUGUUGAAACAGGUGGUUUCCAAAAGUUAUCAAAAAAAAAAGAUAGUAUAUAUCCUAUGGUAGAUUGAGUAUUAAUACUAGUCUAGCUUUUAAAAUUGUUUUUUUUUUUCCUGUUUUUAAAUUCAGGGAACAUUAUUUACUAAUUUUUUUCAAUACUCAGCAAGGUAUUAAAAUCUACCCUGAAUUUUUUUAAUUAAGAAAAAUACAGAAUUUUAAAUAUAGAAAAGAGAAAUUUAAAUAAUAUAUUGAUUAUGUAUCACUGGUCAUAUUGAUACAGUCUAUUGUACUCAGAAAAGUUGACAGGUUUUUAUCUCUGAGCUAUUAGUGAAGGAGAGGCAGUUGAACGAUGUGUCUCUACACUAAAUCCUCAGUGCACAUGCCGAAGGGCUUCCGUCCAUCUGCAAUAUGCAGGACAGUUGCCCCUGUCUGUAUAGAAAUAGUACCAGAUAGUUGUUCAGAUCCAUCCAGAAGUCCCAUAGAGGUGAAGUACAAUGUGGAAGGGUAUGAGCGGUACGGUUGUAACGUCAUCAGGAGCGAACAAGCCUACUUGAAUGCAUUUUAAAGCUGAGAUAGUAAUGUGGAUUUUUCCUGUUUGAAGAGAAAAUGUCUUUAUUUGGAUUUUUCAGCUCUAAGCACACUGUCCCCAUGGCUUGCUGGGAAUGAUUCCUGGUGUUGUAUUUGAGGGUUGCACAAGUAGGCAGGUUGUUCUUUGCAAGAAGACUCUCACUGUCUCUUCCAAGGCUGCUGACAGUGGGACUUGAGAAGCUGUGUCUUCAGAUCUCUUAGUAGCACAGAUUUGUGGUAUGUGAUGCUCAAGCUGUUUGCUAUAAUUGGAGGAACAUUUAAUAACGGCGGAAGUGAUUGCUCUGAGGUUAGGGAGAGGAGUUUCCUUUAACGUGAGGCACCAAUAGUAAUUAAUUGCUGAUUUAGCACCUACUGUGCACAAAGCAAGCAUGUGGCAACUCAUUGGAUUCUCAACCAACGAAGCAGGUUCAUUUAUUACCCUGUUUUCAUGGGAGAUCUAUCCAGAAAGAAAUUAAAUGACUCACUCAGGGUCAUAUUGGUAGAGAGGUGAUAAGACUUUAACCAAGAUGGAUCAUUUUGUCACACUUGGUUUCCCAAGCGUUUUCCAUGCCUUUGUUCUCAUGCAAUGCUAGAGUACAAACCUGAGCCAUGUCCAUGUUUGUAAUACAAGAGAGAGGCUCGUAUGUGGCUGGAAAGUGCCAGUGUAUCCCACCAUUGUGACUCCUGCGAGCACACAUGGAGAACCUCUCCAUGGCCUCUCGGUAACCUGAUCCCAUGGAAGUCCUUGACUUCCCCCCCUCCCCCCCAGUUCCAUUAAAUCACAGAGCACAGCUACUGAGAUGGUAGGAAGGGAUUUUAAAGGGUGACAGAAAAUGGCACACCACUGUAAUAGGUAAUUUCCCUUAAACAGCUCUGUGAGAUAUGCUGUAUAAGCUUUCUUACUCUGGAUAGCCAGGGUUAAAACCCACUAGUCUUUGUGCACUGGAGGAAACCGGUAGUUUCCAGUGCAUUGUCCUCUUUACCUCUAGAGUCAAAGAGGAAAGGUUACUGCCCAGCUUCAAGGGUUUAUGUGUCUGUUAAAUGGAUUGAUUUCUGAGAAUUGUGUCGUGUUUUGCCUCAUGAGAACAGUUCACGUCUGUGUCUCUAUUCUCUGACUUUUUUUAACGAAUUCUCUAUAUUUGUUGGUUAUGUGACCCAGUAUUCUGGUAAGUUACACUCUUUCUUGUUUAGAGAGGACUGGGGUCCAGUAGGUCACUAGGUGCUAGUGACUCUACAGGUGGUCCUGUGACAUGCCCUGGAGGACAGCCUUUGCACCCAGCUUUACAUGUAGGGUGUGAUUAGCCAAUCAGAUCAUGUAUUGUGGGUAUGACUCUGUCAUGCUUGCUGUGACAUUUUGGGUCUUAUUUCCAGUUGGGGAAGUUAAGUCCCCUUGAUUGAGUUCCAGGAACUAGUUACUGACCUGAAGCCUUCCCAAUCGUAUCUGUGACGAAAGCGAAGGCACUGAGAAUGAAAACAGAAGUGACAGAUGUGAGGACUCCAGUAAGACGAAAGCCAGGCUUUGUGGAGCUUGGAAACAACCGUGUGCAAAUAAACCAUGUGAAAGAAAAUGCUAUUUGAAGAAAAGUAGUGCCGUGGAGCUCUGUUGCUUUAGAUUGAAUGGCUAAGCAACCGUCACUGGCAGUUGUGGGAGGUAGCAGUGUGGGUCAGCUUUCGAGAGGACUCAAGAGCUCUGACGCCAUUGGUAAGGACCUGGAGCCAGGGACCACCUAGGUUUCCCUGGGCAGCUUUGAAGACAGGCAGUGUGUGUGUGUGUGUGUGUGUGUGUGUGUGUGUGUGUGUCAUGCAUCAACUAGGGGGCGGGACGAGGCAGCACAGCCUUGAAUGCAGGAGUUUACACUUGUGUUCUGAGGUUGUCUGCACACAUAACCUUUUGCUAGGCAGAAACCGCUACAGUCCAUUCAUAUUUUAAAGUGUAACUUUAUGAUGUCACUUGGAGCCAUUCAUGUGGGCGUUGUGUGUCUUAGCUGUUCUGUAGAAAACUGACUUGCAUUCCCGGGUACUGAUUCCUGCUGAAGUUUUCCAGGCUGCUUGCCUGCAUGUCUGCUGCCUCGUCCAGAGCUGUGGGUGCAGAGCUGCCAGUGUGUGCUGUGUGUUGGGUUGUCAUCCUCUAGUACCACUUUCCAUUCUUGCUCUAAUGUCCGUGCUCCCUGUCGGUUACCUUUGGGGCAGUGUACGCAUUUCACAGCCAUGUGAGUGGGGGCGUGAUGUGCCCUUUCUGGUAACAGAGGCCUAAUUGUAACCAAAGAACUUAAUUUCUUGUCUAGCACACACUAACAUUUCUGUUUAGGAAACAGUGGGAGGGAAAAAGAAAUAUGAAAAUGACCAUGUAUCAUGAAUACAUUAACAACUUCUCUGUAAUAGCUCAAAUCUGGUCUGUGGCCAAAUCAUAUAAGUGGAUCAUAAUUUUAACCUAUAUACUGUGUUUGUUUCUGUUUGGAAUGAAAGCUUUCAUAUGCUUUCCAGAAUGAUGUGAGUUACAAAUAAAUAGAGAAAGAAUCA